AAAUAUCGAAUGAUACCGCACAGUGAUGACUGCAACCGUAUCUUAACUGAUCACGUGACUUCACGAUCUUUGUUUACAAUCAAUCGUGUAGCGCGCUUUCAAAUGUAAGUAAAAUGUAAUGUGUUUUCGUGUUGAGCUUCUAGUAAACUUGGAUCUAGCUUUUUCACGGCAGAGGAAAUGGAAAAUGGUUAGAAAAAAGUUCGGUCGUCCCCAUAUGCGUGCGCAUCAGAGCCUGCGACCAAAAUAAUGAAGAAGUCCAAAGAGGAAUAUACAAAUCCAACUGCUGUCUCUAUUGAGAUUCCUGAGAUGCUUUCAGCUGACGAAUUGGAUAAGAUAUUCAUCCUUACAGGCUCAUCUAAUUACUCUGAAGUUUUGAAAUCGUAUGCCUUUGUGGACAAAACAUUACACAUUAGAAGCAUAGUCCAAGAUAAGGGUCCAAUUCUGUUUUCGGGUCCCUUUUGCUGUGGAAAAUCAACUAAUAUCAACAUGAUCAACUAUUUUCUGGCAAUAGAAGUUGACAGUGAAGGAAACGAAGUCGAGAAUGUGUUAAAGAAUGCAGAUGGAAAGUGGGUUGAGAAGGAAAUUCAAACUGAGAAAUUUCAGCACUUCAAGAACCUGAACAUAUAUAAAUGUCAACUUGAAACCAAACACACUAAUGAUGAAUGCUCGAAAGGAGAAUGUUUACAUAGAAAUUUUUUCUACGAAAACUGCGGGCAACAUCCUGUCAUUUUCAUAAGUUUUAAAGAUGUCUCAUAUCAUAGUAAUAAAUUAGAAAAAUCACUUAAUGAGUCUAUUCGAAAGUCGAGAAUGUGUUAA